AGCAGAUAAGUGUUUCUUCCCUUCCUUUUUCCCUUCUCCGGUUCCCUCUCCUCUCCUCUCUUUUCGAGCCCACCUCAAUUCUCCUCCCUCCUCCCCCUCGCUCCCUCUCUUUUGCCUUGUUCUCGCCGAAUCCGAUGGUGGUCUGUAGUCCCUGUCACUAUCCCGUUUCUGCACGUCGUCCCCCCCACCUCCCUCUCCUAUUCAAACCCAUCCUACUAAAUAUCUUCCACCGGCCUCCCUUCUCCAAACGCCGAGCUGCUCCCCAACCCAUCAAUGCAAUCGGAGACCAAUCUUCCUCUUUCUCAGGCACUCCGCAGCAGCAGCACCAACAGAGGCAGAAGCAGGUGAGGACCCUAUUUCCUGGUGGCUUCAAGCGGCCGGAGUUAAAUAUCCCCACCUUGGUGCUCCGGUUGAGCGUUGAUGAGGUGCUCGAAAGGGAGGCCGACGUCGACGUUGCGUUGUUAAAACGGGUCGGAGUGGUGGUGCUCGACGGCGGCGACCAGAGCGGUGCCAGGCUUUACGAGGCGGCCUGUGCCUUGAAAUCGCUUCUCCGUGACAGGGCUUAUCUUCUGAUUGCAGAGCGUGUUGACAUUGCUGCUGCUGUCGGGGCCAGCGGAGUGGUUCUGUCAGAUUCGGCUAUUCCUGCUCUUGUUGCAAGGAAUAUGAUGAUGAAAUCAAGAUCUGAUUCAGUAUAUCUCCCUCUAGUAGCAAGGACAGUGCAAGAUACAGCCUCUGCUAUAACUGCAUCUAGUUCUGAGGGUGCUGACUUUCUUAUAAUGAGUAUCAAGACAGUCAAAUCUGUUGCAGGACAAGAAAGCUCCAUUACUCAGUUUAUCAAGGUUCCAGUUUUCUUCACCACAAGUGACUCACAUGGUAAUCAAUUACCUUCAAAAAUGGCAUCAAAGUUGCUCCAAUAUGGUGCUGGUGGGAUGGUUAUGUCCUUGAAUGACCUGAUGUCCUUUGAUGAUGGUAUUCUGAAGAUGUUUGCUAUGGCAUAUAUGGCUAAUGGCAUCCUGCAAGAUGCAUUUCCAAAUUCAGGAACCAAGUCUGAUGAUUCUAGAGUUGUAAAUAAUGGACAAAAGGGGAUCAGUGGGUUUACAAGGUUGGAUGAUCGUGAAAUACAAUUGAUAGAAAGAGAAAGACUAUUGAUAGAUGAAGCAGUUUCUAUUAUCCAGAAAGCGACACCAAUGAUGAAGGAUGUUUCGCUUCUUGUGGAUGCUGCAGCUCGCCUUUGUGAGCCAUUUUUGCUGGUUAUUGUGGGUGAAUUUAAUUCUGGGAAAUCUACUGUUAUAAAUGCUCUUCUUGGAAAAAGGUAUCUUGAGGAAGGAGUAGUUCCCACUACAAAUGAGAUCACUCUACUUUUGUAUUCUGAUAUGGACUCUGACAAUCACAAACGUUGUGAAAGAAAUCCUGAUGGACAAUUCAUUUGCUACUUAUCGUCACCAAUACUCAAGGAUAUGAACCUUGUGGAUACACCUGGAACAAAUGUGAUUCUUCAAAGGCAACAACGCCUCACUGAAGAGUUUGUGCCACGUGCUGACUUGAUUCUCUUUGUGAUAUCAGCAGACAGGCCCCUGACCGAAAGUGAGGUCACCUUUCUCCUGUAUGUCCAACAGUGGAAGAAAAAAGUCAUAUUUGUUUUAAACAAAUUAGAUCUUUAUCGAACAGCCAGUGAGCUUGAGGAAGCUACCAGUUUUGUUAAAGAGAAUGCUCGUAAGCUGCUUAAUGCCGAAAACAUCAUGUUAUUUCCUGUGUCUGCACGGUCUGCAUUGGAAGCCAAGCUGUCUUCUUCAAUUUACAGUGUGGGAGAUUAUGAAGAAGUUUUAUCCAAUGAUCAUCGUUGGAUAAGCAGUAGAUUUUAUGCACUUGAGAAGUUCUUACUUAGUCUUCUAGAUGGAACAACAGAAACUGGAAUGGAGAGAGUAAAGCUGAAACUUGAAACGCCACUUGCAAUUGCUGACCGGUUACUAUCGUCUUGCCAAAGAAUUGUGAAGCAAGAGUAUGAAAAUGCCAUUGAAGACUUGACAUCAAUUAAUGGAGUUAUCGGCAGUGUAAAAGACUAUGCUGUGAGAAUUGAAAGUGAGAGUGUUUCAUGGAGAACGAAUAUUAUGUCUCUGAUUGCAACAGCAAAAGCCAGAGCAGUCAACCUGAUAGACUCCAUUCUUCGAUUAUCAAAUAUUGACCUUCUUCCUACAUAUGCCUUGAGAGGAGAAAAAGCAGGUUCCACAAUUGCCACUUCAGCUGUCCAAAAUGAUAUAAUCAGCCCAGCCCUUGUGGAUGCACAAAGACUUCUUGUUGACUACUCAAUGUGGUUAGAAUCUAGAAAUUCUGAUGAAGCAAAUCUCUAUAUGGAAUGCUUUGAAAAACGGUGGCCUGCUUCAGUUGAUUAUGAACGUAAGGUGUAUUUGGAAACAUGUGCUAGUCUCGAUACCUCAGAGGACUUUAGCAUGAAGGUGUUAGAGAAUUUCAGUUCUGCUGCAGCUGCAAGACUUUUUGAGCAGGAGAUUCGUGAAGUGGUUGUAGGAACAUUUGGAGGGCUAGGAGCAGCAGGACUAUCUGCUUCUCUUCUUACAUCCGUCCUGCCAACCACACUGGAAGAUCUUCUUGCUCUUGCUUUUUGUUCUGCUGGUGGGUGGUUAGCAAUUUCAAAUUUUCCAGCACGAAGGAGACAAGCAGUAGAGAAGGUCAAGAGGGUCGCUGAUAAGUUAGCCCAUGAAAUUGAGAAGGCUAUGCAGAAGGACCUGCAGCAUAGCAUUGAGAAGCUGAAUCACUUUGUGGAAGCUACCGGUAAACCAUAUGCUGAAGCAGCUCAGGACAGAAUAGAUUGGCUGGCAAAAACACAAGAUGAGUUGGCAAAGGUUGAACAGAAUCUCCAAGCUAUGAAAGUUGAAAUUCAGAAUCUUCAUGUGUCGUGAAAUAGUUCUUCGGAUCUCAGUGGUUCGUUAGCUUUCAUCUGCAUCAAUCUCUUAUGGCGAUGGUGUUGUCAUGUCAGUUAGGAGCGAUCAAAGGCAAUUUGUUGUAGAAAGUAGUGUCUAUGUACAAUAACAGACGUAUGUAGAGAGAGAGUAUUCUUUUUAGCUUCCAACCGAGUUGUCUCUCUUGAUUUUUGAAGCUGAUGCAUGUAUUCUUUGACAGUGGACGAGAAUAACCAAUGUGUUGGUAAUUCAAAUCAAAAUGUGUAUAUUUGACGA